CGGCGUGGGGAGGGGGCGAUGCUCGGGCGGGGAAAGCGGCUGCACCUGCUUUAGAGGAACUAUGGUAGGGCGGCCGGCGCCCGCCCCGCGCCGCCGCCGCGCCCGCGCCGCCGCCGCGCCGAGCCGGACCUGAGCGCGGCCACGGCCCGGCCGGCCCCGGCUGCCCGUGCCCAGCCCCGCUCCCAACGGAGCAACCCCCGCCGCCCACCCCCGGCCAUGCCGCGCCGCCUCUGAGCUCCUCCGGCCCCGCCGCGCCCGCCCCGUCCAAGUUUGGGGAAGGUGCCGGUGCGGGAGGGCUGCGCUGGGCUGGCGGGGGAAGCGGCGGCGCGGCUCAUGCCCGCCCCGGAGCGCGGCCAUCGGCGCGACCAGGUCCUGCUAGCGAGUCAUGAUGGUUGAAUCCGCCUCGGAGACGAUCCGCUCCACGCCCGCGGCGCAGAACGGGGUGAGCAGCCUGAGCAACCAGCCCGAUGGUGGCGGUGGCAGCGGCCCCGGCCCCGGUGGUGGCCGUGACGGAGCUGCUGGAGCUGAGGCCAACGGAGAGAUGAGCCCCGUGGAGCUCCUGCACCUCCAGCAGCAGCAGGCGCUGCAGGUGGCUCGGCAGUUCCUGCUGCAGCAGGCCACGGGGCUCAGCUCCCCCAGCAGCAACGAGGGCAAGCAGCCGGCGGUGCAGGUGCCCGUGUCCGUGGCCAUGAUGUCCCCGCAGAUGAUCACGCCGCAGCAGAUGCAGCAGAUCCUGUCCCCACCCCAGCUCCAGGCCCUCCUGCAGCAGCAGCAGGCAAUAAUGCUGCAACAGCUGCAGGAAUACUACAAGAAGCAGCAGGAGCAGCUUCACCUGCAGCUGUUGACCCAGCAGCAAGCCGGAAAGCAGCAACCCAAAGAGCCGCUGGGGAACAAGCAGCUGGCCUUCCAGCAGCAGCUCCUGCAGAUGCAGCAGCUGCAGCAGCAGCACCUGUUAAACCUGCAGCGCCAGGGCCUGGUGAGCCUCCCGCCCGGGCAGGGCAGCGUGCCCCUGCAGAGCCUGCCCCAAGCUGUUUGCCCCUCAGACCUCCAGCAGCUCUGGAAGGAGGUCACGGCCGCCCAGCCCGUCGAGGACAGCAUCAAGCAGGAAGGUCUUGACCUCACCACCAACACCUCCAACUCUACCUCGUUUUCGGCCGCCAAGGUCUCGCCUCCCAUUUCCCAUCACCCUCUGCCCAAUGGGCAGAGCACCAUGCACACGCCGAGAAGGGACAGCUCUUCCCACGAAGAGACCCCCGGCUCCCACCCGCUCUACGGCCACGGAGAGUGCAAGUGGCCUGGCUGCGAAACCCUCUGUGAGGACUUGGGGCAGUUUGUCAAACACCUCAACACAGAACAUGCACUUGAUGACCGAAGCACGGCCCAGUGUCGAGUCCAGAUGCAAGUGGUACAGCAGCUGGAGAUACAGCUGGCCAAGGAGAGCGAGCGUCUCCAAGCAAUGAUGGCCCAUCUUCACAUGAGACCUUCAGAGCCAAAGCCUUUCAGCCAGCCUGUAAGCCUGAACCUGGUCUCCAGUGCCACCCUCUCCAAGAGCACUUCGGACACGUUUCCCGAUGGUUUACCUCACCCCCCCACCUCGGCCACGGCGCCCAUCACGCCCCUGCGGCAGGGCCCCUCCGUCAUCAGCUCUUCCACCUUACACAACGUGGGGCCCAUCCGCAGGAGGAGCUCGGAGAAGUUCUGCACCCCCAUCUCUUCAGAGCUUGCACAGAAUCACGAGUUUUACAAAAACGCCGACGUCCGGCCGCCCUUCACGUACGCCUCGCUCAUCCGGCAGGCCAUCCUGGAGACCCCCGACAGGCAGCUAACGUUGAAUGAAAUCUACAACUGGUUCACGCGGAUGUUCGCCUACUUCCGGAGGAACACGGCCACCUGGAAGAACGCCGUCCGCCACAACCUGAGCCUGCACAAGUGCUUCGUGCGCGUGGAGAACGUCAAGGGCGCCGUGUGGACCGUGGACGAGCACGAGUACCAAAAGCGAAGGCCACCAAAGAUGACAGGGAGUCCCACCUUAGUCAAAAAUAUGAUUUCAGGACUCGGUUACGGAGCACUUAAUGCAAGUUAUCAGGCUGCGCUGGCGGAGAGCAGCUUCCCCCUGCUCAGCAGCCCCACCAUGAUCAACACCAGCUCGGCCAGCGCCAUGCUGCACGUGGGCCACGACGACGUCAGCAGCACCGUGGAGCAGGUCAACAGCAACGGCAGCAACAGCCCCCGCCUGUCCCCGCAGCAGUACAGCCACCCCGUGCACGUGAAGGAGGAGCCGGCCGAGGCGGAGGACGACAGCAGACCCGUGUCGCUGAUGGCCGCCACCAACCAGAAUGUGACGAUCCCCGACGACAGGGACCUGGAGGAGGAGCUGCCGGUGGAAGACUUGUCCUAAGGACUCCUUCCUCCUCCCCCACCGAGGGGCAAACCCUUCCCACCCUCCUGGACGGAGACCAAGCCACGCUCCCACCUCCCCAAGGUGACCUUGGCGUUACCCUGGUUCUUUCAAGGCACUUCCACAAAGCAAAAAGGUUUUCCUUGGGACGACGACGAUGACAACGCCACCGACCUGUUGCUGCUGGCGUGUCCCUCACGCCGCCACUGCCCGGGGACGGACUGGCCCCGCCACGACACGAGAAGCAAAACCCCAAGAGCUGGACUUUUCCUGCCUUCCUCCCUUGGUUAGUGACUGGUGGACGAGGAUGGUAGGUUGGUUGUUGCUGUCCGAAAUGGUCCCUCCUCAGUCCCCUCUUCCCCGUGGUGCCCGCGCCCCGGGGAGCGAUGGCAGGACCCCGCCGUCACCUCCGUGUCCCCCGCUGGGUUUUGCACUACGGAGGGAUCGUGGACCCUGCCCACGUGCUGCCUCCACCCAGCUUUGGGGGAAGAAACAGCAGAAACGGGGCUGAACCCUCUGCCGGAUGCGGGGUUUGCCACGGAGCCGGGAUGGACACGGACCAGCGCGGUGGUGGGACAGUGUCCUCUUGUCACCUCUGCCUGGCAAGCAGAGCGGCCUCCCAGAUCACCCACCCUCCCUGAGCCCCAGCUGCUGGGGGGCUGCUGGCCCCAGCAGUGCUGACCAUCAGCACUGACCAUCCCCAGAAGUGCUGACCAUCAGCACUGACAAUCCCCAGCAGUGCUGACCACCCCAGCAGCACUGACCAUCAGUGCUGACCAUCCCCAGCAGUGCUGACCAUCAGCACUGACCACCCCAGCAGUGCUGACCAUCAGUGCUGACCAUCAGCACUGACCAUCCCCAGCAGUGCUGACCAUCAGUGCUGACCAUCAGCACUGACCAUCCCCAGCAGUGCUGACCACCCCAUCAGUGCUGACCAUCAGUGCUGACCACCCCAGCAGUGCUGACCAUCAGUGCUGACCAUCAGUGCUGACCAUCCCCAUCAGCGCUGACCAUCAGUGCUGACCAUCCCCAGCAGUGCUGACCAUCCCCAGCAGUGCUGACCAUCAGUGCUGACCACCCCAGCAGCACUGACCACCCCAGCAGUGCUGACCAUCAGUGCUGACCA